CAAUCGAGGUUAAAGGUGAUGGCUGGAUUAGAUCAAGAAGCGUUACAGGAACUCCAACAAAAUCAGUCACAAAAUCCUAUCGAAAUGCCAGACUUUUCUUCUACAAUAGCAAAUUAUUUAACGAAAGGUUCAAAUGACAAGCCACCCAGCAAGAAAAAUUGA